AUGGACCUUGUGGGCCCAAUCUUCAAUAUUGCCUCUCGCUUGUGGGAUUGUACUGCCAAGCGUGCUGUUUACAUCCGUGAGCUCCCAGAAAAUCUCAACUCUAUAAGAACUGCAAUGGAGGACCUCAAGAAUGUCUAUGAAGAUGUGAAGGAAAACGUGGACCGUGAAGAGAAACUUCAGAAGAAACGCACCCAUGCAGUGGAUGGUUGGAUCCAGAGUGUAGAAGCCAUGCAAAAAGAAGUGAAUGAUUUGUUGGCAAAAGGUGAUGAAGAAAUCCAAAAGAAAUGUCUCGGCGCCUGCUGUCCCAAAAACUGCCGUGCCAGCUACAAGAUUGGGAAGAUGGUACGUGAAAAGAUGGAUGAUGUGGCUGAACUACAGAGCAAAGCAAAUUUCAGUGUGGUGGCUGAACCUCUGCCCAGUCCUCCCGUUAUCGAGAGGCCUUUGGACAAGACGGUGGGCUUAGAUUCAUUGUUUGACAACGUUUGGAUGCAACACCAGGAUGACAAAGUAAGAAGUGUUGGAUUAUAUGGCAUGGGGGGUGUGGGCAAAACCACCCUCUUGAACAGGAUCAACAAUGAGUUCCUCAAAUCCAGGGUUGGGUUUGACGCAGUGAUUUGGGUGACUGUGUCCAGACCAGCAAAUGUGGAGAAGGUUCAGCAAGUUCUUUUCAAUAAAUUGGAGAUUCCUAGUAACAACUGGGAAGGUAGAAGUGAGGAUGAAAGGAAAGAAGCAAUAUUCAAUGUCUUGAAGAUGAAGAAAAUUGUCGCCUUAUUAGAUGAUAUAUGGGAGCCUCUUGAUCUCUUUGCAGUGGGGAUACCUCCUGUAAAUGAUGGAAAUAAGUCCAAGGUGGUAUUUACAACCCGAUUUUCAACUGUGUGCCGAGAUAUGGGAGCUAAGGGCAUUGAAGUGAAGUGCUUAGCAUGGGAGGAAGCAUUUGCUCUGUUUCAGGCAUAUGUAGGAGAAGACACUAUAUAUUCUCAUCCACAUAUACCAAAGCUGGCGGAGACUGCUGCCAAAGAGUGCGACGGCCUCCCACUUGCCCUCAUCACCAUUGGACGAGCAAUGGCAGGAACAAAAACGCCUGAGGAAUGGGAGAAAAAAAUACAAAUGUUGAAGAAUUAUCCAGCAAAGUUUCCAGGUAUGGAGAAUCAUUUGUUUCCACGUUUAGCGUUCAGUUAUGAUAGCCUACAAGAUGAAACAAUCAAAUCGUGUUUCCUGUAUUGCUCUUUAUUUCUGGAGGAUUAUAAUAUCAAUUGUGAUGAACUUAUACAACUAUGGAUUGGAGAGGGGUUUCUAGAUGAAUACGGUGACAUAAAAGAAGCAAGAAAUGGAGGAGAAGACAUUAUUGCAAGUUUAAAUCAUGCAUGCCUAUUGGAGAUUACUGUUACUGAUAAUAUAUGGACCCAAGCAAGAUGUAGAUGUGUGAAGAUGCAUGAUGUCAUCCGUGAUAUGGCUUUGUUGUUAGCUUGUCAAAAUGGGAAUAAGAAGCAAAACAAAUUUGUUGUUGUAGAUAAAGGUGAAUUGGUUAAUGCUCAAGAAGUCUUCUCAUAUAUGCCUAUUAUAACAGUUCUGGACUUUUCAGACCAUGAUAAUUUAAUUGAUUUGCCUAUAGAAAUUGGCAAAUUAUUUACUUUACAAUAUCUUAAUUUGUCUGGUACAAGGAUAAGAACGUUACCAAUGGAACUCAGGAAUUUUAAAAAACUGAGGUGUUUGUUAUUGGAUGACUUGUUUGAGUUUGAAAUUCCAUCUCAAAUCAUAUCAGGUCUUUCAUCCUUGCAGUUGUUUAGUGUUAUGGAUUCCGAUGAAGCUACCCGCGGAGAUUGUAGAGCCAUAUUAGAUGAGUUAGAGGGGUUGAAAUGCAUGGGAGAAGUAUCCAUUAGUCUUGAUAGUGUUCUUGCCAUCCAAACAUUAUUGAACUCCCACAAGUUACAAAGGUGCUUGAAACGCUUAGACGUACACAACUGCUGGGAUAUGGACUUACUUCAACUGUUUUUUCCUUAUUUGGAAGUGUUUGAGGUCAGGAAUUGUUCAAAUUUGGAAGAUGUGACGUUCAAUUUGGAAAAGGAAGUCCAUUCAACAUUCCCAAGGCAUCAAUACUUAUACCAUCUUGCUCAUGUAAGGAUAGUAUCCUGUGAAAAUUUGAUGAAAUUGACAUGUCUUAUUUAUGCUCCAAAUCUUAAGUCUCUAUUCAUUGAGAACUGUGACUCUUUGGAAGAAGUGAUAGAAGUUGACGAGUCUGGAGUUUCAGAAAUUGAAUCUGACUUGGGCCUGUUUUCAAGACUUACUCAUCUCCAUUUGCGGAUUCUACAAAAGCUAAGGAGUAUAUGCGGAUGGAGCUUACUCUUUCCUUCCUUAAAGGUGAUUCAUGUGGUUAGAUGUCCGAAUUUGAGGAAACUACCUUUUGAUUCCAACAUCGGGAUUAGUAAGAAUUUAGAGGAAAUCGAGGGAGAAGGAGAAUGGUGGGACGAGUUAGAGUGGGAGGAUCAAACCAUUAUGCACAACCUCGGUCCAUAUUUCAAGCCUCUAUAG